AUGGCUCUACGAAACUACCUUUAUGCCAAACAUGAUACCCAUGUUGAUAUAAGUACCAGAAUCAACAAAGUGGCAAUACCAGAAGAAGCCAAUCCAAGCCGCAUGUCGUCAUCAGCUGAAUCCAUAAGUCAACCUACAAGGUAUGGACACUCGGUUCCGAAAAGUUUUCAACACCGCCACCCUCAAGACGACACUUUGCACCUUUCGCAAAUGGUGAACAAAGUGGCUCAAGAUUUGAAUGACAUUAGUAUAGCUGGGAAAAAGUGUACCAAGCUGUGUUCCUCGUGCAAAUGUGGCAAGGAAAAUGGAGUUGGCAGUGACGAGUUGAAUGGGACGAUUAGCCCUCGUUUGGACGAGCCUAGCUUGAAAGUUGAAGUGGCUGAGAAUGAAAUGGACUUCACUAAUGCUUUGUGA